AUGUGUUCCUUGUCAGUCACCUGGAUCAGUGUCGGCAUUGGCGGACUCAACAAGCAUCCUAAUCGUAACACAACAAAUACGCCUCCUGCCUCCGCAGAUGCCCGCGUCGCCAACCCUGCCGUAACUCCCACAAAGCCUACAACUGCGACAACCAUCAUCAUUGGUGCGCACUCUCCUGUUGUCCCACCGCCGCCGCAGCCGCCGCCCCUCACCCCUAUCAACACCGCCACAACCCCCUACGGGUUCCCAAAUACUACUCACAAAAGUAUGUAAAUUGAUUCCCAUAAACUAAAAUAUUCUCUGAGCUCCAGGAAGCUCCUUUGUAAAGAUAAGCAGAUUAAUGUGAAUUUAUUUCAGAGAAAGUAUACAGGAUAUAGUUUGGAAACCAAGGCAUACUGAAUCUUAGUAUGUCUUCUGAAGAUAUAUAUGCAUAGAUAGACCUAUAAACAUAUACAUCACGCACUCUGCCAAGUUGUGUGCGUAUGUGUGCAGUGGCGGACUGGUGGGCUGAGAGGCAGGCUGAAACGGCUCCUUCUUCAUGUGACCUACGGCACUCUCAUGCACGUGAGAUGUACGCCGCUCAACCUCCGUCGUCUGGCAUCCCAGUGCUUGUGUUUGGGGGGCCAGGUCGUGCAUGUGUUGCGCGCAGACAAGGUCACUAAAUAUGUCAGCCACCGCGCCCAUUUCCCGCACCAGUCAACUGACCAGCCCGGACAGUGACUGAAGCCUGGGAAUGGGAAGGGAGAGUGAGGUCGAUAAGUCAGUCCAUUUUUCGCACUAUAACCAAUCUGAUGCGCUUGAAGCUAUCACGGUGCUCUUAAAGCCGUGGCUUGAAAUGCUGCUAACUGACUGGAUAACUUGGAUCUCGCAGUCGGCCCAGUAUUUUGUGUUUGUGUGAAGUGGCUGACUGGUGGUCUAAGAGUCAGGCUGCAAUGGCUCCUACCCAAUGUGGCCUUUAUGGCACUCCCACUCCGUGGGAUGCAGACCGGGCUUGACGGUAAGUUUAGGUGCGGCUUCGGCCGUGCCAGCCCCCACCGCCGCUGUUGUUGGUUAAAAACCCAGAUCCUUUGCUGUGUGGAUCGGGGGACGUGGAGUGGAGCGCCAAGGUGCGAAAUCGACCGUGCCAUCCACCUAUGCCCUCUCCCGCCUCCGGCCUUAUUGACUCUGUCUUAACACCGGGUCCAGGUGGGUGAGGAAAGAAUACGGCAGAUGAUGCGCCAGUUUACUUUCACUAUUAACUAAAUCACGCGUAGGUCACCGUGUCUGCUUCGCCUUGCUGUGGAGCACACGGUGGACAUCGUCGGAUGCGACGGUCGAACGGUCAUGAACAUAUAUGAGGAAGAGGAGAUUCUUAGGGAAACUGGAGCUUUUAUUGGGUAAAUUUUCGAGGCUGUCCCCUCCCCCCCUUCAGCACGUCUUCAGACAAUGGGUGCAUAAAAACAACCAAAUUCUUAAAUGAGUCUGACAAGGGAUUCUACGAUUGGUUGACGUCUGUGCCAACACGUGUUAAUCGCAUUUCGUCACUCCUUCGGGAUUGGUUGUGCCAGUUUGAAGUUGUCCUUAACGCUUUUAUAUGCGGCAUCUAGAUCGAUAUGCUUAUUGAUGCAUGGAUUCGCGGCCUUUCCUUAAUGGGCAGGCACCAACAGUACGAGUAUUCUCCCACUCAACUUUGUGCCCAGUGUCUAGUGUGUGCAUGACCACCGCUAACUGGUGUUUACGCAUAUGGGUUGGAACAGAUUUCCUAGUUUGGCCACAAUAGAUGGCACCACAACUGGAACAUGGGGUUUUUUGACAACACGUCUAUCGAGAUAGCCAACCCUGUCCUUAAGGUGUACAGGCCGUGUGCUUAAGGUAGUUGCCGGCUAAUGCGCCAUGUAUAUCUGAUGAUUUUUAGUUGUCUUUCGACUAGUUCAGAUACGUUUUUCAUGUAUGGGAGAGUUCGCCAGAUAAAUGGUUUCCGCGUCCGGGCGGCCGUAGCACUCAGAUGAACCAUCCAUCAAUCGGUAUAUCAAUGUAGAUGCCGCAUACAAAAGCGUUAAGGAAAAAUUCAAACUGGCACAACCAAUCCCGAAGGGGUGACGAAGUGCGAUUAACACGUAGUGGCAUAUACGUUGACCAAUCGUAGAAUCCUUUGUUAGACUCAUUUAAGAAGCCGAGUUGGGGGGAGGGGGGGCAGCAUCGAAAAUUUACACAAUAUAAGCUCCAGUUCUCCAGAAAUUUUCUCUUCAUAAUUACAUCUCUCGGGAUGCCCGUUUUUAGUUUCAUAUGUAUAUUUAUUCGCGCAUAGGUUUUUUAAGCUCUUCUAAAACCGAAAAGAGGUGCUUACAUGACUUUUUAUAGGUCUUUCCAUAAAACAAAAUGAAACUUAUGCAGGCGCCGAAAUAAGCUAAAAAGUACAUACACCAACUAGACUAUGAUUUACAUCGGGAGCGAAUUAUGCAAGUGGACAGAAAGGCGCUCCUGCAAAAAGACCUUGCAUUUUGUGUCGUGACUUGUAGUUUAGCAAACUCAUUCGAAUUCGUUCUCGCAUUUAAAGGUGUAGUAACAGAGUUCGGCCAUUUUUCAGGAUUUUCGGCAGCGCAUGGGAGACGGCAGCAGGUGGAGCGUUUAUGAGGACAAGGAGUGCCUCCAAGGUCGUGCCAUCAGGGCGACCAACACAUGAGGGUUGCACUUGUUCCAACGAUCGUGUUUCCUUCUUCGCGGUUGCACUUUUGUCCCUGUUAUUUUGAUUCGACAUCUGCUGCAUGGUGGGUUGUCUAGGGUGGGACUUUCAAGGUGGUUUCAUAUGAAAGCUGGCGGAUAGUGGCUUUCAUGUCCUCUCCCAUCUUUACCUCUCUCUCUGUAGCUUAUCUAUAAUGCUUUAAUGUGACUUUUCUGCUCUGUUGGCCAGAUCGGCAACUGGGUAGUAUGCCCUUUCACGGCGCGACACCUCGUGAGAGACGAAACGUAGUCAGUCGUUUAUCAUCAAGUGGCAGUCUUUGAGCUUGAGAACGAACGCCAGUAUUUUUGAAAAAUCAAGGGCUUUUCAGUCGUCGCACAGUCCAUUAGAUUUGAGAGGCUUCUGCCAAUGGAAUUUCAGGGAAAAUAUUACACUUUAUAAAAUUAAUAAGUUUCGCAACUGAUCAACCCUGUGCCACGGGGUUUGAGCAACUGCCGGCUGCGCUCAUGGCCGACUGUCGGGGGGCAAAGAAAGAACUGUUCUUGCAGCGAAUCCUAGCCUUUGAAUAAUAACCGAUCACGUACGAGGAAGUUAUUCUUCUGAAAAUGCAACUUUCUAAUUUCUAAAUUCACACGCGGCCUUCUCAUGUGAACGAUAGACUGACGUCUCAAAUAUUCCUACUUCGCAAAAUGUCGCUUAAUUUUAUGCUGCGACUGACAACUUUCUUGGAAUGAAUAAGCUAUCACCAUCCAUCUCAGACCAGUGUCCAGUCUACUAGAUAUGUGCAUGUUCAAAUGAGUUAUCACAUUGCAAAUAACUUCAAAUAUAAAUUGAAGAGUAUCACAACAGACGAUUUCACUGAAAAGUGCUGUGGAAAAAACUUUAUACGAAAAUUUAUCCCGGCUCUGUUUCACGGUAUGUUAGGGUUAAUCAGCCAGAAACUGACGCACGUGGGAAUUACUAGGAAUGCCUACGUUAGCAAAAUGAAUUUGAUUGAAAUGGUCCUCUUAUUUGUCCCGUUUAAUUUCCGAGGAAGUUAAUGCGCGAACUUGGAGUAAAUCCUCCGGAACAGACCUCUUUUGGCUCGGUCCGAAAACUGAUAUGAAUGUCUGAGCCGAAAUCCAUCAGUUACUGCGGAAUAACCGCGUAAUAUUCACAGGCCGCCAAUAGGCAGCCGUAGUAUACAACUAUGUGGUUAUUUACCAUACUAUUCCGCGGGAUUUACUCCAAGUUCGCGCAGCAGUUUCCUCGAAACCUAAAAAAAGCAGGAUGAAACUGGUGUUCACAUACCAGAAAAAGGCUCGGAGAACGCUGGGGGACCCACUGAUGAGCCGAACCUCUCGCAGCUGCGUCAGGCAGCGGCACAGGAUCGGUGUCUAGUACCUGUACUGUCAGUACGGUAAAUAAUCCCAUAGGUUUUCUUGCCGUUAAGGUGACAAGGGGCCGAUUGGCUAGACAUGCGGGCUUGCAAGCUGGCUAUUUCAGAAGUUAAGAUUCCUAACUGCAGGCUCACAAACAACGGUGCACUCAGCAGAACAAUUCCUUGACAAAAUAAGGGCAGUCAUGAUCGAACCGAAUGAAAGGAUGGUGUCUUUGGACGCCGUCUCACUCUUCACGUCCAUACCACAGGUCCUUGCGGUCGAAACGCUCAGUGACCUGCUACGUCAAAAUUACGACGGGGGAGAUGGCCAGCCCACAGCUCAGGAUCUCAUAUAACUCAUAGGGCACUGCCUCAAAACAUUCUUUACCUUCGACGGGAAUGCAUACGAGCAGAUCAAGGGCACUCCAAUGGGUUCACCAAUCUCCGUGCUCAUUGCCGAGGCGGUUCUACAAAAACUCGUGAGACGACUAUUCGAGGAUUGCAAACCCAAGUUUUGGGCACGCUACUUUGAUGGCACCUUUGUAGUCAUCGUCCAGGAUAAAAUCAACUACUAUCCGGAAGUACUGAACUCAGUCAUUCCCGAUCUACAGUUCACGAGGGAAGAGGAGGUAGGGGACAAACUUUUAUUCUUGGAUGUUCUUGUCUGUCGCCAACCAAAUGGCGAACUGCGACGUCGGUCUACAGAAAACCGACGAACACGCUGCAAAUGCUCAGCUACAACAGCAACCACCCGCUAUAACACAAACGAAGCUGUGUCCACGCGCUGUACCGACGGGUGGAAACUCAUUGCAGCACGCCAGCCGCCAAACUGGACGAGAUAAAGCGCCUCCGAGAACUCUUCAGAGCCAAUGGCUAUCCGCGGGCAUUCAUUGAACGGAGCCGAAGGCAGCCAAAGAAACGGAAAGAAGAGCAUAGUCAGUCAAACUCGCGGCGGAGCAUUUCGUACAUUAAAGGGGUCUUCGAAGCCGUGGCUCGAUCACUCGAGCCACUCGGAAUAGGUGUUGCCCACAGGCCUGACUCGACAAUCCGCCGGCAAGUGAUGCGGACAAAAGAUCCGAUCCCUAAGCAGGAGAUGUCAGCCGUUGUCUACCGACUUCAAUGCAGCUGCGGAAGGUGCAACUACGUUGGGGAAACCGGCCGACGGCUGCAAACGCGAAUGCACGAGCAUAAGUUACCCGUGCGAAGGUUGGACCCGAAGUCGGAGGUAGCAACCCAUGCCGCGCAAAUGGGACAAAUCUUCAACUUUGACGCCGUUGAGAUUGUGGGCCGGGGCGGCGAUCACACAGCAAGGCAAGUGCAAGAAGCCUGGAUGUCCACCGACCGCUCUGUCAACCGCCACAUCAAUUUGCCUUCCCCCUAUCUGACUUUACGAACCUUCUUAGCGAGGGACAGUCACGGCGCGGGACAAUCGGUGCCGUCAGUCAUCUCCGCGGCGGACGAGGGCGAUUCAGGUCAGGGUGACAUGCGGGUUGGAUGCAGCCACACAGGCGGCAUUGGCGGAUCACGCAUUGGACAAAGGGCGCCAUUACAAAGGGGAGCUGUGCACAGGACUUCUCGGUCUCUGAAGAUGGGUAGACGAAUAAACUACUCGAAACGUCGGACCUCAAAUAAACCCCUCCCGGUGAACGCCCCUUCUCCUUUUGGAGUAGAAGUUGUUGUGGAGUUCUGGGAAAUGCAAAAAGUGCGUUCUUUUUUUAAAGAGAGGAAGUAUAAAUGCCUUUAUGAUGCCCACCGAUAUGCCUGCUUCGCAGCGUGUUCAUGCAAUAUGACUGUACAGAUUUACUCGCGUGAUCUCUACGGAAUACCUUGAAAUUAACAAAAACAUCAGUCUUUCUCUUCUCUCCUCUGUUGAUGAAGGUCGGCCUUUACCUGGAAGGGGAUAAAUUUAGGAUUUUGGUUCGAACGGCGAGUCACUAUGAAAACCAGUUGGCGGGUGCGCCAGCCCUUUGAACACAACUGAAACAAACCUGUUGUUUAGAAGUGCAGGGAUCAAGACUGUUUUUACUGUUUUCAGACAAAUUUUCAGUCACUAGGGUGGAUUCUGUUUUCAGGAAAUCAGUGAUAAACGCAGGUACCGAGUAGGCGACACAACAGAAGGGGUUAGGCUAUUGAGGUAGGGGGGCGAACAUCGCCUUGUGGAUAGCGAGGCACAAUCUAUAAAUUUUUUUAAAAAGAAGAGGGUUUAUGACAAGUGAAGGCGUUCUAAGAUGUUUAUUUUGCUUCACAAAAACGCAUCAUUGCGUGAUGGGGCGUAAAUUAAAGUGUUUUUGCAUCAGAACACGAGGAAAAUUACCGCGGAACCCUGGUCUCCUAGAACGGCAUCUUCUGUUUAAAUACGACGAAAACUGUAACCACCGGCGGAGUAGAACGAAGGUGUAUGUCUAGUCUUCUAAAAUACAGUGAUGGCAAUCGCGAUCACUUUUUGUGUAGCAUCAGCUGCUUCUGUAGGAGAGCUUAAAACCUACUUGCUGCUUUACACCUUAGCGGUUAUCACACCCUAGAAUCCCAACAAAAACAAUAAUUGAUUUUUAAGAGGAAACUGACCGGAAACAAAGACAUGACUCCGCUAAAUCAGAAGAACCGUCAAUAACCUAUAGCAUCCAGAUGUUUUCACUGCAAACUGGUCAGAAUUAAUCGCCAUGGACGGAAUAGCAUUACCGGUAAAGAAAAGGAGGACGGGAAAAGCAAUUUUUGGCUUGUUAGUCAUCAUCAGCUAGCAGCACCCAACCCUGAGGCUCGAACUCGCGAAAUGUUGGUCGUAAGUCCAACGCGAUCGUAAACUGACAGGACAACAAGCCCCUGGCCCAGUAGGCAAGGCGUUAGAUUUCUAACCAACAGGUGGAAAGUUCGAGCCUCGGGGAUUGCAUGCCUCGAGGUUGGGCGUGGCUGGCUGAUGACGACUAACAAGCCAGAAAUGGCCUUUCCAGUCCCUCUUGUCUUUUUCAGUAAUGUUAUUCUACCUACACUACGUACCGCUGUGCUCAAGAGAAGGAGCCCAAGGCACAACGGGACGAAUGAGUUCCUUAACGCCGUCGAUGCACGCUCCUCUACCAUUAUUAUUGGGUUUUAGGGAUAGUGUAAGUAUGCUAUGCCACGCUUCUCUGGCAUCUGAUUCCCUGCCGGUGGACACGUCCGGGCUCCUGCUAGGUAAACAGACCGUGUGCAGGGUUGCCCAGUAACUUGCGUCAUUCUUUCAUUUUUGACGGGGCGCGAAAUGUCGUGGCUUGGAAAGCUGCCAACUGAUGGAUAAGUUAGACCUCGCAGUCGGCCCAGUACAUAUGUAUUUAUGUGGAGUGGCGGACUGGUGGUAUGCGGGUCAGGUUGUACGGGCUCCUUCACAAUGUUGCCUCUAUGGUAGUCUCACUCUGUGUGAUCCGAGCGGACUAUGACGGAUCGCCUAGGGGCGGCCCCGGACGCGUCAGCCGUUGCCCUUGUUCUACGUUGAAGCCUACAUCCUGGUCAGUGUGUGUAUUGUGGACCAGGGUUGUUGCUACAAUCCCAGCUGCAAGCUCUCGCCGCGCCAGUUUGGAUUCCGAGCGGUCCCUCCCCUUUUCUUGGUGCAUAAAAUACUCUUCAAGAGUACGUUGUGGGCCAGGGGGAUGGUGGCACGCCUUGGUGCGGGUCCGGCCUACCAGCCACCUGGGCCUUCUCCGGCCUGCCUGAUUAUGUCUUGAUUGCGGGCUCAGGUAAGGAGUAGGGAAGAGAGAGUGCGGCAGACGCUGUGCACGCCUACUACCGCAAUAAUCUACUUCACGCACAUGCCACCCAGUCUGUUGUUAGCCUGCUGUGAGCACAUGGUUGAAAUCGCCGAAAAUGACGGUCGAACUGUCACCAUUAUUAUUAUUAUUUGUCAUACAUUUGCAUUUGAAAACAACACUGCUUGCCCAUUGUUUUCGGUUACCGUCUGUCCUACGUCAAGGCGCUGCUUUUAAAAAACGACGAGAAUUACCCCCCAGCGUAACUUUGAAAAUCUGUGCUGGCAAAGUGCUUGCAAACACCAUGCUCUCAUUCCCAUUCUCUAUGCAGAACUAUUGUAUGAUAAAAAUGUAAGGUUUACCAGAUCAGGGGAAUUGCCUGACUGACAUUUUGGAGGGCUUGGCGUGGUCUUCAUUAUCAAAGAGCUUUGUGCAAAAAUCGGCCAGAAUUUUAUACAAACAGCCGAAUUAGUUGAUUAAGCCGAUCGACUUUUUAGUCUUUCGCUGGUUUGGUGUUCUGGCCGUUGUUUGUGGACCUUAGCUGCCUCCUGCGUUGUGUCGUCAUGUCAGUGGGGGGCGCUUGCACCUGUCCUCCCCUUUCGGGUGAAUUAGUCGACGAAUCGUAUUUGUUCGGUAUUUUUAAGUCCCGUCUUGUCCCGAUCAUGGCGUAUGUAAUGACGUAGGACUUUACGGGGCGCAUGAAGGUCUAUAUGCCCGUUGAUAGAGUUGACAUCUAAGUGCCAAGCCUCAAGUGUCCCACGUUUUGUCCUUAAGGCGACCCGGCCGAAAACAGUUGCUCCUUGAAAGUCAAAAUUGUGGCCAAUUUCUCCGAUGUGAAUUGCCAGCUGUAAGUUCGAGUCGAAUUCCGAGUUGCUGGUUUGUGCUCGUGUAGGCGGGUCUGCAAUUUCCGUCCAGUUUCCCCAACGUUGUUGGAGUUUAUAUCUUUACAGCAUAUUUGAUAGACAACCACCGAGGUUUCAGUGGGUAGCAGUGUGUCUUCGGAUUGCAUUAGACGGCGGUGAAUUGUUGUCGCUGUUGUAGUGGAGAGCCGGCCAAGCCCUCCGAAAUGUCAGCCAUGCAAUUCCUCUGAUCCGAUAAGUCCUACACAUUUCUCAGCUUAUCGACCCGGAUCUCUUACGUCUGUUAACCGAAGCUAUUGUAGUUUAUUCAUUUAGGUGUAAUCUUACCUAAUCAUCACAUUAAGCCGUCAACAAUAAUUCUUCUUCUUGACUGUCGCGCUGUGGUGUGCGCUCAUCGUUACUACCACCGCUUUUCUCAGAAAAUGGAAACCGCUGCCAUUAGCCUGGAAUCAUCUGCAGCUCAGCCCUACUGACGUGCACAUGUACCGAAACUGAUGCCGUCAGUUUAAAAGCCUGCCGACAACCAAAUGGCCCCACCUUAGAUCUUAGUAGACGAAAUCACAAUUUCUUCCACCCCUCUCCUCCCAAGUACACAAAACUGAUGUAAGCACUUUGCCCAUUAGGCAUUAGGAUCUCUUGGCUGGUGAACCAAUGAACAGUGUACAGAUCUGUGUGGGCGUGUUGCCAAGAUUGUAUGUCUCUGAAUGCAUGCGCGCGCGAAAAGUGGCAGCCGCUGAUGGUCUGUGCGCGCCUUUCAUGUCGGCAGUGUGUCCCAUAAGAAUACCAACUGCUUCAAUAGAUGUCUACGUCUCUUAGUGAAGGCUGUGAGCUCCUGGAGUUUGCGCCUCAAGAAUCUUCUAUCUGCUGAUGGGCUUCUUCCACACACGCGGCUUAUCAAAGGUCAGCGCUUUCGAGAAAGUACAUUCCUCAAAAUCCGGCCGCAGCGUCAGGACCAAGGUGGUUUCGAUCGACAAGGCGCUCGGAAAUCGUAAGUCACAAGACGGCCAUUAGGAAACGCUGGGUAUGAGUCCAGUGUAUGUUAAUCGUACGAAGCCGAGCACUUGCAGGCCCACUAGGCGUCGAAGCUGACGAAAUGAAUGCACUUAGAAAUACACAAAGUCGCUCAAGUUAGGGUGUUCAGCUAGAUGGCCUGCAACAAAAUUCAAAUUUAAUACUUGCACAGAAACAUGUGGUCUUUUGGUCGCCAAGAGGUACCAAGGACUCACUUUUGCCUCGGUAUGCACUUAGGGGAAAAGUGGUGAACUCCCCUCCUAAAAGAAUUUCAGGGAAUACCUUUUGCGAUGCAUAUGAAAUGCGCUGCACCUCAUGGAUAUGGUAAAUCAGAAAAGCACUUUCUAUGACACAAGGACUCCUUGUUCACUGUGCUAAGCGAAUAAGUACGCUAAAUUAACCGUCUCAUAAUCUUUCUGUCGAGUACCGUAUUUAUGACAGCCUCGAAAUGGGAGCUGAUGCGACAACACGAAGGUACCCAAAUCACAAGUCAAGGAAGACAGACUAUGCUGGUCGAACUUUACUGUUGCGACAGCACGUACAGGAGGAUCAGCAGGCUUCAGGCGUGUUGUCUGUGCCAGUGUCCGCCGUUGAGGUUCUUGGCCCCCAGCGCGUGUUCGCCUUUGUUUUGUCUGAGUUGAGUCCGCCUGUGUAGCCAAUCAGCGAUGGAACGGCGUUGAUUGGCUUCGAGUUCUCGCCAGGCCAGCGUCAAGUGUCGCGCGGUCUAAGCAGCAAAUCGAUAGGGAGCGUGUGGUCGACAGAAGGUCAAAGUGGCAAAGCGAUCAAGUGGGCGGUCUAUCACUCCCCCUCCUCCACUCCGUAGUACAAGUGGCUUUGAGCUAAAUUCCAGGAAGAGUACUCAUUCUCGUGUCCCAACCCCAACACUAACACUGACCCAAACCUUAACCGCAACCUUUCUCUUAACCCCAACCGUAACCCUAAUGUCCCUGAAAUUUAGCGUAAGACAAAAUCCAUGGUGGGGGUUCCGAUUUCCGUGUCCUGUUGGGGAGGAGGGAGACACAUAAACAACCCCCUACCCGCAUCCUAAACAGAAUUAACUUUCCUGCCCUGUUGGCAGACUGCCCGAAAUAUACCCUCCUUCCAAGAAAUCUUAAUUUGUGGGUCUCCCGCUCAAACCGAUUUGAACGAAGUAGAGUGUUGCUAAGUUAUAUCAGAGCUCGAUGCUCCGUGUCAGAAGACAAUUCCGGCUCCACAGCAUUCGUCGGAAACUGACGUACCAGGUCACCGCUAUUAUAACCGACAAUUGUAAUUAACAGUACAUGUGUGCAAACUCUCAUGUCGAAUGUUGCGCCUUCCGUGUUGGUGUCGUGGAGGAGUCAUGGACGGAUGUCUGCAGUUUUUCCAGUCGCACCAGGAGAGCCGCUAACAGUAUCUACCUUGUUCGAACUUUUCGCCAGCGUCCUAGUGGAAGUGAGUCUCAGUUUCCGUUCUUUGAAAUUUAUUUGGAGUUUUUGAGAUUAAAUUGAAGCUCCAAUCUUUUUUGGACGGACUGAUCGAGCCCAACACUCUGAGAUAGACCCCCAGGUUUUGCUGAGCAUGGAGACGAAAUAUGUUUUGAUGUAGCAGGCAGCAUCCUUAGAAAUUCGAAAAAAAUGCAAACAUACUAACUACCUGGCGUGAAAUGAAAAGGGACGCUACGGGUGUUUUAGUUGGUAAGCAUGCAAGACAAUACGCUGUUACAGUUGUGUGACAGCAAACAAACAAUCUGGCCAGUGUAAUAUUUGUUCACAUGGAAUACUUUUUGCGACGCCCUCGGAUAGAGAGACAACAUCCAGAAUCUUGGACAUGCGUUUCAUCACUUAUCUGCCGUCGGAGGAAGCUACUGUGAAAAUGUCGAGUCCUGGUAGGCAGACGAUGCACAAUUACUUCCUCUAACUGCAUCCGACGAGAUUGAAGUUAAAGCGUCACAAUGCAGUUUACGAGACCAGUUCCAGUCUUUAUGCAGGCAGUGGAGUUGAAUUCGGUCAUCUCCACACUGUGGAGUCGGACAUCGCGGAGUUUGGAUGUGCGGCAGUGAUAACCAGCCAAUCACAUCAGAGAUAAGCGAAUGCGCAUAGGAGUGUGCUUCGUUAUAUGCUGGAAGCAGGUACUAGCCAAACGAUAUGUCAAGUGUUGUGCCGAUUGUCGGCGUCUGAAUGAGGCAAAAACGAUGUGUUUCAGCUCAUUGGUGGAUUCCCCAGCGCUACGCCUACGCGGCCGUCUCUGACACGUAGGGUUCCGACAACUUAAGUCUGAGUUUUUGGAGACUAAAUCAGAAAAAUAACCAAACAGAAUGUCUUUUUACAACGAGCAGUAGCUCAGUUCAGCCUUAUUUAUUGUUAAACUGCUCGACCUUGCCUAGGAUCUUUCCAUAUGGUUAAGACAAUUCACCCAACGACGCGUCCAUUAUUAGACUCGUAAAUGAUUUUUGAGAACAAGAGUUCACAAAGUUCCCGCAGGUCAAUAAUGCAAAGCGACUUCGCGAAAAACAGUCAUAGACAAAGUCGACUAGGGUAAUAGUUAUGUGCAUAGUCAGCAUUUGGGUGCCUGAAUGAAACAAGUAACGCGUUCGCCGGCACAAGUAAGAAAACGUGAUUUUAAUAACGACGGUUUUAUGAGUUCGCUCGCUUCAGAAAUGCUGACUUCCAACCUUUUGGUCGAACGGAAGUGUUUUUGGAAAUUCUCGCUUUGCAGCUUCCUCGAUCCGGAGACCAACUGACAAAGUAAAGCACUCCGGGGUCGUCGAACGGAAUUGCGGACAAGGCAAGUAAGUUAAGGUAACGGGAGCAGUAUCCUUGAUGCUGACAGGUGAACACGUGCCAACAGUGAUAUUAAGUAAGGCGGACUCAUGAACUACGACCCACACGCCACAACUGUGCAACGGUUUCGAAGUCUCGAAUCUAAUUUCCUGCAAUAGGUGCUAAACGCAUUUCGCCAGGGCCUUAUGCCGAAGUUCUCUGGUCUGCAGUCAGCCGACAAACGCAAAUAACCUUCUCCAGAAUUGGUGGUCUUAACGUACUGUCUGGCAAAGUCAAUUAAUCACAUAUUACUUAAGGAGAUGUUGAUGGUGGGUGGAGCGUCGAAAUCAUAAGCAUGACAACAGGCGUUGAGGACUCGGCGAUCCAUCACUCAGAGCUGACUGGUCAUAUGAGCUCCGCGCAAGUAAAUAGGAUCAGCUAUAAACACUGGAUGAUCGAGGUCUCGUGCACAACAUACCAACCGGCAUUCAUAAAGUGGUAAGGGGGAGGGGGUGCAAUGAUCAAGUUGCAGAACUCUCACGUCCCAUUGUGCCUUGGGCUCCCUCUGGAGCCUUGCCAGGAGUCCACACUGACGCGGAAUACAGACAGAAUGGCAUUGCCGACAAAGACACGGGGGGAAUUGAAACGGCCAUUUCUCGCCCGCCAGCCGUCAUCGACCAGACAUACCCAGCUCCGAGUCAUCAACCUCCGAGGUGCGCCCCUCUCUACUACUCUUAAUAUACCCAGUAAUAACCGACAUGACGACGAGCUCGCUGUUCGAUUUUUUGGGCGUUGGACCGGCAGGUAUCGAGUUCGAGCCCCGGAGGUUGCCUGCCUCGGGAUUGGAUAUGGCUGGCUGAUGACGUCUUUAUCGGUAGUGCUAGUACUAAUGCAACUGAACAGCAGCCCAUUAUAUUAAAUAGUGCAGUCAAUGUGCCUUUCCGUGUGUAAGGGUGAGCCAUUUAUUGGAUCCGAAUCGUCAGGCGAACAGAGCACUUAUUUCGAUGACUGGAAGAGAUAGAUGUCGGUGUGAUUCCCGGUCAAAACCGAGGUGGUCCAGGGAAACAGGUGGGCGCCUACACGGUCGCAUUGUCUCGAGCUACUGGGCUAUGACGUUAAUGUCAUAUUGUUCCCAACGUUUUGAGUUUGGCCGUGGACGCCAGAUGGGAAGCGAUAAUUGGGUCGGUUGCUCGUGCUCAAAGUAAUCAACAUGUGGUCCAUCAGUAGGUGGUCAAAAACUCAACUGAAUCAGUAUACAACCUCCUGAAUCCAAGACUCGUCAUUUUACGGACCUCAAAUGCUAAAUGCCUAACAUCCGGUAUUUGCAGAAGUCCGCAAAGUAUACAGUUCCCGUUACUGUUAGAGCGAAUUUGAGUUGUGAUCGGAGGAAGAGUCGAUGUUCAGCGAUUACUUUUAAAAUUUCAGCAGAGGUUCGAGAGUAUUUACUACUACUACUACUACUACUACUACUACUACUACUACUACUACUACUACUACUACUACUACUACUACUACUACUACUACUACUACUACUACUGCUGCUGCUGCUGCUGCUACUACUACUACUAUUGCUACUAG